AUGCAAGGGCUCGACCCAGGAACCAUCGCAGCCAGGGCCGACGUGGGGACGCAAGUUGGGACAGAGGUGUUGAACCGCCUGCCCGCGAGGACAUGCGUGGAGGCCGCCGCCUCCAGCACUGGGUCAAAGAGAAGGAGAGCUGAUGGCUGCGAUGACGAGGGCGCGAGCGCCAAGGAUUGGCACCGGCCAGUAGCGUGGAAGAAACUGUGCGAGGAGAUGUCUCGUUUAUGGAACUUGGAUUGUCAAGUGGCGGUGACGAUGGCAGCACGCUGCUACGUUGUGGUUCGCACGGGGUUGAGUAUGGCGAAGGAUCGCUGCGGCGAUUUAGACGUGGAUUUGCUGUCUGCCGGCAGUUGGGUCUCGCAGGAGUCCUUGCGAGAGUUCACAUCUACGACCAACGACCGGGAGCAGUACCGUUGCUCCACGCACGACGUGGAUUUACCGGUUUCUUUCAUGUCGGCGCGCCAGAUGCUGAAUCUCCACGAGGUCUUCAGCGUGCAUGAUCCUGUACAGGUGCGCGCGCGGAGCUGCAUCGCGCAACGUCGCGGAGAGGCAACGGACGAUACAAGCAGCGUGGCGCACUGGCGCUCAGUCUUGCGGGCUGUGAUUAUCAUACACGCUACACGCCGGCGCGAAUAUGCCCCGUGCGCCGUUGGCAACAGUUUGGCGUCAGAGCAGGACGCGCUGGGAUGUUUCGUCGGAUCCAGUCGAGAGGACCCUGAACUCAGGCGCCAGCCGACGAGCGAAGGUAGAUUUUUCUGCGGCUCGAAGUCUGUGGUUUUGGGUGCACUAAACAGGAGCAGCGUGAUGGGCACUCUCGACGGCGGAGAUUAUUCGCGGGACUUCGAGGAUAUGGUAGUUUUCGUUCAGCGCUCUGUGGCGGGGGCCGCAAGUGGCGCCGUGGACGCGCCGGUGCUGGAUCAUUGUCGGGACAGACUGAAAAAUUGGUGUGGUUUCGGGGGAGCGGGCAACCAGCCGGGCGGAAAUGUGGACGGCCUCGUUGCCAAGAACGUGGCCUUCCAAGGUCUCCGGAAUAUUCUGCACCAUUUCGGGUUUGAGCAUGGGGCUCCGCAGGCGUUUGUUUCGGGGUCCAAUCCGUGCAAACUGGCGCGCGUCUACUGGCAGACAGCGCACCCGUCACGGGAGCAGCAG